AUGAUUUAAAAGAAAGUUCUAAGCAGCAGCGAUGAGAGCAGUGAAGAUGAACAUGUAGAAGAAUUAAUGGACAAAUAAAAGUUGGUAUAGGCUAAAGCGAAUAAACCAACAAGAACAUCUGUAAGUGCUGAGGUUUAUGGACAAUUCAAUAAGAAAGUAUUUGCUCAUCUUGAUUUAAGGGAUAAUACUAAGCUAAGAAAGUCAAUAAAAGUGAAGAUGCCAUUAAAAGAAUUAAACAAAGAAUGACCUAAGCAUUUAUGUUUAGUGCUUUAGAUGAACAUGAAUUGGCUAUUGUUAUUGAUGCUAUGGAAGAGAGGAAAUUUAAGUAUCCAUUUCCUUAUCAUUUUGUAGAGCUGGCGAUUUUGUGAUCAAACAAGGUGAUGAUGGUGAUGUACUUUACGUAGUCGAUCAAGGAUAACUUGACUGUUUCAAAGUUUUCAAAAAGGGAGAACCUGAAAAACAUUUAGUAUAUAUAUAUUUCAUUUGUCCAAUAGAAAGUUUAUCAACCUGGAGAAUCAUUUGGUGAAUUGGCUUUAUUAUACAAUGUCCCAAGAGCUGCUACUAUUAAAGCCAAAACUGAGGCUAUCUGCUUUUCCUUAGACAGAGAAACUUUCAAUCAUAUUGUCAAGGAUGCUGCUGCUAAAAAAAGAGAAAAAUACGAAGAAUUUCUAAGCAAAGUUGAACUUUUGAAAGGUAUGAAAGCUUUUUUCCCUUCUUUAGAUAUGGAUCCAUAUGAAAGAUUGCAAAUUGCUGACGCCUUAAAGGUCUAAAAAUUCAAUAAGAAUGAUUAUAUUAUCAGAUAAGGAGAAUAAGGAAACACAUUUUAUUUCAUUCAAAAGGGUGAUUGCAUAGCCACUAAAGCUGAAAAUGGUAUUCAGUUUUUAUAUUAAAAACUAGGCGCUGAAAAAGAAGUCUACAGUUAUAAAGUUGGUGAUUAUUUUGGAGAAUUAGCUUUAAUUAAACAUGAACCAAGAGCAGCAAAUAUCGUUGCAAAAGUAAUAAUAAUUUACAUAUCAAGAGCGAAGUUAUAGUCGUAUACUUGGAUAGUGACAGUUUUAGAAGGUUGAUUGGACCUGUUGAUGAAAUUUUAAAGAGAAAUAUGAGUAGAUAUGAAAAAUAUUUAAAAAAAUGAGAAGAUAUUAC